AUGAACAGGUGGUUCCUGUUUCUGUACUGUUCCAUUGUACAACUAUUCAACCACUGUUCAGCCGAAAGCGAAGAAGUGAUUCAAGUGGAUACAUUUCUAGCGAAUGUAAACUUAAGCGAACAAAAAGUAUUCUUCGUGAGAAAUAACUUGGAGGGUGACAUAGAAUUCCAAGAGAGUCAAAAUACUUCAUUAAAGGUCCAUGUUUCCGGAGAGGAUAGAGAUUUUGAACGUAUAAGGAUUGAGUACGAUGUUCUUCAUGAAGAGGAUAUUGUUGACAUACAAGUGUUCAUUUUGCCCGAGACAACAACAAACUGGUCAAUAGUAGGAGGUCUUGUUGCAGGGGCUGGAAUCUUUCUGAUAAUCAUCAUUGUCGUAUUGAUUAUUUGCGUGUUCAAAAGGAGAGUAAGAAAGCGACAGUACGGGUGUACCCUGACAGGAAAAGAAGCAGACGAGGAAUUUGAAAUGAGAAAACGCGGUACAGCUGUUGCAGAAAAACUUACAAUGUUUGAAGAUUCAAAGAAAGAGGAAAUGAUGUGCGAUCAACAGGACGGCAAAUGCUACAGGCAAUUGAUAAAUCGAAGUCCUUGGAUGGAAAGGAAAAUUGCUACUUUCGAAACUCCACAAUUACCAGUUGAAGAGGACAGUGGAAAAGAGAAAAGUAAAACCAUAGUAACUACAGAAACUAUAAAAAAACUUCAAAAGGAAGGGAAAAGCCAUGACUCAGAGGCUCCUCGACGAACAAGAACUGUGCCUACCCAGUCCUCGACCUUGAUAUCAGUACGAACAGCUUUUCUGGUACUCACUUUAAUCGCAGUAGCCUUAGCAACGACCAAAGCACCCUCAGUUAAAAUCGUCAUUUGCGUGCCAGCAAAUUUUGUCGGAAACGGCUCAAAGAUCUUCUUCAAUGAGGAUUUCCACGGAAGGCUGUUAUUAUCCAGAGGAUUUAGAGCAAAAAUGAACCAAUUUCAACAGUUUGCUAUACCAUCAGCUUCAAAAAAAGUAUCGCCCUUAGGUAAAUGCCCCGACUCGUGCCACUUUGCUUGUGACGGACAGUCAGAGGGGUGCAUCUGUCCCAGAGGAUAUGAAAUGAACAGGGGAACCUGCCAUGAUAUUGAUGAAUGCACCAGAAAAAAGCAUAACUGUCAUGUGCGAUCCAUGUGUAACAAUACCAUUGGUGGUUUUCUGUGCACGUGUGAUGAAGGAUACUGGGGAGAUGGAAUCACGUGCAAAGAACUGGUAGCACAGCAUCUACUUACAUCAAAGUUCGGUUUAGCUUGCAGCACUACCCCUUGUCCAGAAAAUUCUUACCAAUCAGAAUCGUGCACAAGGACAAGCGACCGGGUGUGCACAGCUUGUAGCCCGAAAUGCGAAAAGACGACAUAUCAAGCGUAUGGCUGUGGGUUAACCUUCGACCGAAAGUGCGUCGCUCAAUCAGGCAGCAAGCUUUUUGUGCUUUCACCAUCGAAAGAAUUCGUUCUAUUCGAAGAUCGCCUCUGGUUAAACAGGACGAGUGAAACCUUUUUCCUUCAAGGAAAUUCAUCGAAGCAAGCUCGUUUGCAUCGAAAUUCAAACUUUCACGUAGACGUAAUAAUUGACGAGGCCAACCUAGUUCCAACGUACAGUGAUUAUGAUGCAGGGAACUCCUAUGAGGAAAAUCUCGAAUUUGCAGGUGUGCCAGGAUUCUCUGCCGUAUUUCACAACUACUGCAGGUAUCCAGCACCAAAUCACUACACCAUCCAUCAUGUCUUGCAGCGUAACCGCCAGACAAAGGUAUAUCCCGCCAAGUGUUUUCACCAUUCACGACGACUGUGCCCAGAUGACGUCGCACCAGGUGACUUAUAUCAUUACAGAUCUUUGAAUGACGCUUGUGAAACUGCGGAAACUUCCACCAUCUGCUCAAAACAUAAUCAGAGAGACUGUGUACUUCAAACAGGCUUGGACAAACUGUAUUGUACAAACUACACCAAUAUUAUCACCGAUAUAUUUGGCUUAAACAAAGCUGAAUUUAAAGAAAAGCCGUUGUUUUCCUUUCCGACACAUUUUUGCGCGCAUGCAUAUCGCGCUUGCAGAAUGUGUAGAAGUAAAUGUUCACAUUGUGACCAAUCUGCAAGUCAUGCAGACAGCUCAUGCUCCUGUUGCUACAAAGACUGCCUUUCUAGCUGUUCCGAUUUCUACAGGGAGUACAACUGCACCCAGAUACCAAAGAAAUGCGCUAGAGGAGACACCAGCCAGUUUCAAUUGACCAUGAACAAGCCAUCUAACUUGAAGUUACAGUUUAAUUGCUUUCUUCAACACAAUGUCCCAAAGACCUUGUAUACCCUACGAUACAGAGUAAAGCACAAGAGUGGACGCUUCGUUUCACAAUGGAUCUCUAAAACCUUGGAAACUACGUCAGGAAAAGAUUCUAAGUCAGUGAUGCACCAGGGAACUAAUCGCCUCGACUCCUUGGAAGUUUCCCACUCAGUGAAUUUUGAUAUUCCUAAUUUACUUUAUCUUCGAGCCCAGAGGGACACUGAAAAUAAACCGUACAAAUACACGGUAGCUAGCUUGGAGGGAGAAAACAUAACUUUAGCUAGAGCUAGCGAGGCAGGCACAAUUGAGAUUCUGACCAAGACACCAUUUUCAAUCACCACCAGAACUUGGAGUGAUGGUGGUAACUGCCAGAGUCUUUCUGAUUGGUCAAAGACCAUUCGCGGUCCUAUUUCAGAAUGGAUACCUGCAAAAGUGGAGCAUCUUGGUGUUCAAUCCCAGGGCGAGUUUGCAUAUCGUUUACAGAACUCUCAGCGAUCGCCUAUGAUGACAGUGACCAUUUCUGAAAAUGAAUCGAUUCUUAAGCAUGUCCUGACUAAUGCGACAAUUCGUAAUGACGAGACAUUUAAAAGUAGUUUGACUCGAACAAACACUAGUUGGAAUGCUAGGAUCGGUGGACUUCUGACCACUUGUCCUGGUUUCUUUACUCUUGAAGUCAUCGAUGAAGUGGAUAAUUUGAGAGUUAUGCAUCAAGAUGUGGUGAUACUUUGUCCAGCGACCCAAUUCGAGAUGGACAUACAAGUUCCAAGGAACGGUUUACAGGAUAAGGAGCGACUUUUUACCGUUCGUUUCUCUAACGCUAAACAAAAACUGGACCUGACGUUAGCCCUAGUUGACAAAGAAGCCAGGAAAGUGAGAGAACCAGUGGAGAAACAUCAUGAUACGGAACCAAACCCUUGGAUGAUAUUGAUGCCACUCUUCGUUAUCACGGGCUGUGUACUUCUUUCUCUGCUGUGUUUGAUCAUCUAUGCACAGGUCACGCAAAAAGACAAGGAUACUUCAACAGAUAAGAAUCAUUCUGGGUGGAAAUUCGUUAAGAACAAGAAAGUAUCUAUGGGUAAAACUGAAGUUGGGAGGGCGACUACUCCGCCAAAAGACGAAAACAGACUCAAACGAAGGCAUCUCAUCUUGGUUGCCUUCUUUGCCGUGUUUAGAAUACUUUACAGUAUGGCGUUUACGUUUUCGAUGGCUUUCGCCAUUUUGACGCUUCUUCACGCCGACAAUAUGAAAAUAAUUCAAGAAUUUCAAAACUUUGUGCACGAAAAAAUUGAAGAGAGUAAUGCUAUCGCUUUACAAAUGGAUCAACAUCGUGAAAGAGAAGUCAAACGUCUUCUUGACGCUAGCGAAGACAUACAGAGAUCUUGCGACUACUUUAUUGGCCUACAGCUGCAUUGGCUGAGGUUCAACAGUACUUGCCUGAUACAGGAAAACCACCUGAAAAUGUUUAACAAAUUAAGUAGGAAAAUUGUCAGCAAUGUAGAAGAAAAAGUUCACAAAUUAAAGGGAGACAUUGACGAGCGAAUAAACGAAUUUCAGGGGGGUACCAAGAGACAGUUAAAGGAAGUCAAGGAGAGUUUGACGAACUACGCCAAAAGAGUUUUCAACAAUGGCUGGUUUGCUUUGCCGAAAGGGGCAUAUGAAAUAAAGAUGUCAACAUCCCGGAAGAGGAGAGGAAUCGUUGUUAAUGGUAACUCAACACGACAAUUCUAUCAUCCAAAGGAUGAAAAAUCAAGCGGUAAUGAAAACAAUGGGGGGCCCAGCAAGAAAAACAAGAAUGGAUAUUCCAUCAGAAGAAAACGGAGCAUAGCGGACAGUUCCCUCAUUGGAUUUCUUGAUUACGUUGGGGCUUUAGAUCAAGAAAAACUCAUUCAAGCCGAAAAUAACAUCAUUUCCAAGCUAGAAUAUGUAAAAGAAGGCCUGGGGGACUUUAGCGAAGUCCUAAAGACCGGCAAGUCGCCUGAACACCCCCUUAGCACCAUACUCAUGUGUCCUCUACGGUAUAUGUUAAAAUCCGCAAAGAAACAAGUGCAGAAAGGUAUACGGAAGCUGGUCGACGAGGGUGAGGAGUGGGCAAAAGGCAAAGCCGAAUGUUUUGAAGGGAAAGUCAGUCACUUCUUUGCUUCGAAUGACUCUGUUAUAGAAUUUAACGAAAAUAAAACAGAUACCGAAUUCUUCUCCGAGCGCAUUGUCUACGAAGAUGUCUAUGGCCUAGACACAAUUUCAAACGUUUCAAAAGCAAGCCAGUCAUCCAUCAUCAAGUCUGCAAAAGGAGGAUCCUUCUACAACAUUGAAAAGGGAGAUAUCAUGGAAGAAAUGGUCGACAGCCAAAAGGAAGAACUCCUUGAAAGGAAAGCAAAAAUAAGAAAUGUUACCAAAGUGUAUGACGCUGAAGUUUUCUCUACGACCAGAAAGGCCGUCUUAGGCGUGUUUGUGUUGCUCGAUAUUCUGCUCUUCAUAUAUCGCGGGUCGAAAACCUACCAAAUUGCUUUUAAAUUAAUCGAAGGAUUUGAGGAAAUUGUAAGCCACGACGAGGAUGAAUUUGACGAAAAACAAUCCAAAAUCAAGGAAAGAGCGGAGAAACUUCUUCGAAGGACCUUUGACCUCCUCGCUGAGACGUUUUCAAGGUUUAUAGCGCUCUGUAAGAGUCUUCAGAAACGUAUCAUGCGCACAAAUCUGCUCCCGCUGAUCAUGAUAAUUGCUUUGUCUACAGCUACACUGUACCUUAUCGUCACUUUACUUUAUAAUGUAAUGAAUGUGACCGUUAUAGAAGAACUUGGUGGAUACAAUAUGAUUGCUUCUCGUCUGGACACGGACCUCCGCUUCACAAACCUCGCCAUAGAAGAUCAGGUGGAUUUCACCAAUAACAAUGCACUGGAUCAGUACAAGGAAUCCGUAAGUGCUUCCAUCAGUGAAUACAACAGCAUGAUCUUGGACCUCAACAAGGAACAGCAAGAGCGCAUGGAACGACUUAAUAGACAACUCUGUUCCCUGGAGGAUGACCCGAAAAACUGCUUUGGGGAACAAGCAUCUCUUCUGAAUUUUAACUUCCACUCCUGUAUUAUCCCGACACUGGAAGGAACACCUUAUGAGGAUUACGAAAGUGACGCUUACCGCCAGCGAAUUAAGCGCGAAUCAAAACGGUUUGUGGACGCCAUACGAAAUAUAAUAUUGGAGACGGUUUAUUUCAUUCUGGCGGCUGCCUUGUCGAUUUUGAUAAUCACAGCUCUUACCUACGUUGUAUUUCUGUUCUUUAAGGCAAGAGGAAUGGUUCGGUUGAAAAAAGUUCACUUGUAUAAAGCCCUGCCAGCUGAAAUUCUGGAGCAAUUUCAUUUGAAAACAGUGGAGUCGGAAGAUGAACACGAUGGCAGAAACAUACAUGACAAACACGGAGAUCAUCGUAAAGUAACGAUUCCUAAAGUCUUCCUCACGGCUUCAACAGAAAGCAUCAAUAGUUCACGAGAAUCUGUCCAAACCUGCUAA